UAUUUUUGAUUUUGUAGUUCUCGAUCUAGACUUCCUGCUUCUUAUUGACCGGGCCUUGUUAACCUUGCGCACAGCAAGACAUCGUGCAAAGGUCUUUUGGUUAAUACUCAGUGGCUUAAACCUAUUGUGCCUGCUAUUUCUUAUAAAGAUGGAGUUCACUUAAAACAUCAGGAUGGGAACAGAAUUUGUAGAGGGUUGGAUAAUUUCUCAUACCCUAGGUGAAGGCGCUUAUGGAGAGGUGAAAUUGGUGAUCAAUAAGCACACUGGAGAUUGUGUUGCUAUGAAAGUAAUCGAUCUUGCGAAAGGAGGUGAUUCAGUGAGGGCGUGUGUUGAAAAGGAAGUCAAGAUACACAAACUGUUGAAGGAUAAACAUUUGAUCAGAUGUUACGGAUCAAGGGAACAAUCAAACUUUUUCUAUAUUUUCCUCGAAUAUGCUUGUCAUGGAGAACUUUUUGACAGAAUAGAACCGGAUGUUGGUAUGCCGCCUGCAGAUGCUCAGAAGUUCAUGAAACAGCUGAUUGCGGGUGUGUCUUAUCUCCAUAGAUGUGGUGUCACACAUCGUGACAUAAAACCAGAAAACCUUCUGCUGGAUAAAGAUGAUAACCUGAAGAUUUCUGAUUUAGGUUUGGCCACAGUCUUCAGGUACAAUGGAAUGGAAAGGACUCUUGAAAAGAAAUGUGGCACGCUUCCCUACGUAGCACCCGAAGUUUUGGUUAGGAGAUACGCUGCAGCCCCUGCUGAUAUUUGGUCUUGCGGUAUUGUGCUUGUCGCUAUGCUGGCUGGUGAAUUGCCUUGGGACAAACCACACGUCGACUGUGAAGAAUAUAUUGCUUGGAAAAAAGGAGACUACAUGAAUCGCCCACCUUGGUCAAAGCUAGACACUAUACCAUUGUCGCUCAUCAAGAUAAUUCUUAACCAUCUCCCAUCCGCUCGCCCUACACCACAGCAGAUAGCCGAUCACCGUUGGUUGAAAACGCCUCUCAAGCAGUCAUCGAAAUUUCCAGAACUAGAGAAGAAGAGGCUGAAAGAAAAUCAUGUAACCCUGUCACAAACAGUUCCUUCUAGCUGUGCCGUUGAUGCAGAAGUCCCCACAUCUUUCUCUCAGCCGACAGCACCUAUUGAGGAUUUAUUAAUUUGUACCCAGCAGAUAAUGGCUACACAGACUACUGUACAGAAUUCCUUACAGAAGUUGGUUCGAAGGAUGACAAGAUUUUAUUUAUCUCUUGGGGGUGAAGAUGCUUUAAAUGAGUUAACCUCAGUAUUAGAAAAAUUAAAGCUAGAAUGGAGUGCCACAUCUGAAAAAGUGGUUACCGUGUGCUCCAUUGAUAGAAGAAAAAGUCCUUUGAUAUUCAAAGCAACAGUUUUUGUAAUACAGCCUGGAACUACUCUCAUAGACUUCAGACUUUCGAAGGGAGAUGGUCUUGAAUUUAAAAGACAUUUCUUGUCUGUCCGGUCGUCAAUGAAGUCGUUCAUUGUUAGACCUCCAAGUAUUUCAGAGAUACCUGAUUUCUGAUUCAUUCCUUUGUUAUUUUGAUAUCUUUGUUAAUUUUGAUAACCGUUAUUUUUUAUAUUUUUUUUAUAGAACUAAAAUAUAAUGUAUUUUUAUGUAAGAAAUAACAGUAUUACAAGUUGAGAAAAAGUUUGUUAAAUUAAAAAGAAAUGUAUGUUAGUAUUAGAAAGUUGAUAUUGUAAUAAAAAAAAAGUUUACAUUAUUUUUUGUUUUGAUUUCCUUUUUUGGAUAUUGUACACUAUGAUCUUUCAUUUUAGUAAGGAUUUUUUAAUAUGAGUGAGGCAGUUAUCAUUGUUUAUGAGUAUACAGUAGUCUCACCAAUCCAGGCAGAGGUUUUAAAAUAAAAUUUAGUUAACUAAAAAAUUUAAUUUGAAGAUUUCGUUAUUUGUCUUAGGCUAGGGUUAACACACAUGCAUGAAUCAGAUGAUUUGGGACUGUUCUCUCUGUUAUGCUGUUGAUUGUUUUGGUAAAUACCCAAACAAUGGGCUUAUACAUUCAUGUGUUUGCCAAUAGCUUUAUUUAGUUUUUAAUACUCUUGAUUUUUUAUGUAAACAAUAUUAUUGUGAUGUGCUUUAUGGUACUGAACAGUAAAUAAAUUGAGUUACGAUCACAAAGAUAUUUGUUUUGUUAACCCUAUUUCAGUCUAUAUCGAAUGUUGAUCUAUAUAUAGAUUAUUUUCAUAAUGGUGACAAAAUAAACAAACAAGACUGGAGAAUUAUAAUUG